CUGUGACUCAUUUCAGAUCUUUCUUCUUUUCUUCACAGCGCCGCACCACAGCCUCCUCAGCGUCGGCGACCUCCGUUCUUCUCCUUCCUCGGCGAGACGGAUAGGGCAGAAUUACACACACUUAAGUCAACCCAUUUAACCUCCCACCCAUGUGUGUUGAGCUGGGUUGGCUCAAUGUUGGUUCACUACUAAAGUAAGUCAACCCUGUAGGCCAAAACCUUUGACAAUCUGUGGCAAGCCGACACAAUUUGAUAGCUCUAGUGAUCAGCAACAAUGGCUGGGAAAUUGUCAAAGGCUGCUUACGAUGCAAAGAUGUUGAAGCUUCUGAGAGAGUACAGUCAAGUGUUGGUGGUUUCAUCAGACAAUGUGGGUUCCAACCAGCUUCAGGGCAUACGGAGGGGGCUCCAUGCUGAUUCGGUGGUGGUGAUGGGAAAGAACUCAAUGAUGAAACGCUCUAUCAUCUUGGAUGCUGAGAAGACUGGCAACAAGGCUUUCCUUAAUCUUGUCCCCCUUCUUGUGGGAAAUGUGGCAUUAAUUUUCACCAAAGGUGACUUGAGGGAGGUUAGCGAACAGAUUGCCAAGUUCAAGGUCGUUCAACCUAUUCUCAUGUGCCCCAAGUACACUUCAUAUGACACGUACCAGAAUUGUUCCUAUAUGCAAUCUGGACAGUUACCUUUGGGCCUCACGUGUUGCAACCAGCAGGCUUCGCAGGCUUCAGAGCCUUUUCUUGUAUGCUCAAAAUUCAUUCCACACCAACAUUGCUUCUUGAUGAGAUCAAGACAGUUCUUGAUGACGAGUAUAUGGUCUCCUCUUCUCCUUUUGGCUGGUAACUUGUGAUGUGGAUGAAGUAUUCUGAUUUGGAUCACAUGAUUUAUAUUACACCUUUCCUUGAGCACUAUUGCCUUUCAAACUAUAUAGUUGUAGUCUUCUCCCUUUUCUGGGAAUGAUGGAGAGUGAAGGAUUUAGAUCAGGGUUUCAAUUUGGUAAUUGGGGUUUCUGAUACAAGGAUAUUCAAUUUACCCAGAAGUUUUAUCCUCUUUUAAAAUAAGGAUAUGACCUUAACAACAUGUUUGCUAUCUGAGUGUUCAUUAAUUUGUCUCAUAAUUACUUCAUGUUAUAA